GUUUUGAAAAUCAUUAUUUUGUGUGCUGUGUGUCUGCGCGAUGCCACCUCGUUUUGCCAUUUGAAAGCUGAAAAGGAAGUUUCCGUGCAACAAAUUGUUUUUAUUCAUAUUAUAACCACAAAUGAAUUCUCUAUUUAUGCCUCGGCGUUGGACCCCAUCAGUUGCGAUUGUGUUUGCGCUUGGUCUAGCCUUAGGAUUUGCAAUUUUCCAGCUCAAAUCAAUUAAUUUUUCCUCUUCGGAAACAAGAAAUUUGAUUCCGAACAAAAUCACUGAGAAAACUUUGAUCCAGAUGAGUCGCGACAAGGAACUAAAUUCUUCACUGGCCAAAGAACUGCUGCUCAGGAUGGAAGAAAUCGAGGCCCGAAAAAUGUCAGAGGACGUCCGCGUUCUGUGCUGGGUGAUGACGAGUCCUGAAAAUCACGAAGAGAAAGCAGUUCACGUGAAAGCCACUUGGGGACGGCAUUGCAACAAACUCAUAUUCAUCAGUAACGAGGAGGAUGAGAGUCUACCUGCUUUGAAUCUGCCUGGCGUUAUGCCUGGAAGAGACGGGCUUUGGAGCAAAACUGAGGCUGCUUUUAAAUACGUGUAUGAGAAUUGCAGUGGCGAAUAUGACUGGGUCAUGAAGGCAGAUGAUGACACGUAUGUAAUUGUGGAAAAUUUGCGCAAAAUGCUUUUGCCAUAUUCGCCGAAAGAUCCACUUUACUUUGGGUUUAGAUUGAAGCCAUUUAUGCCUGAGGGCUACAUGAGUGGAGGAGCAGGGUAUGUUCUUAGCAAAGAGGCAGUUAGAAGGGUUGUAACGGAAGCAUUUGAUGGGAAGCAGAGAGACAGCAAUUUAAGUACUGUCGUUGCAUUGAAUGAAGAUAUCAAAUUAGCCGAGUGUCUCUACUCCGUGGGUGUCAAAGUUGGAGAUUCGCGAGAUGCCCUCGGGAGAAAUCGGUUCUUCCCGUUUGACCCUGAAUGGCACACGCACCCUCACAAUGAUUUAAAGGACUGGUGGUAUGGGGACUAUAUUUGGUGGCCAUCCGAUGAGGACGUUGACAAUUGUUCCGAUGAAGUCAUCUCUUUUCAUUACAUGAAUAAAAUCGAAAUGUACAUGAUGGAGUACCUCGUUUACCACGUGAGACCUUUCGGCGUGCGGCAUUUGAAAAAAUAUGAUAAACCUAAAAAUAUAUGAAAUAAAAACUA